AUGGUAAGAGCGGUAGAUCGCAGCGUUCGCAACACAGUUGUGAGAGACGAGGAAACACCACUAUUGGGAUCGUCACUCUCUAGACCCCAGAAGAAGUCUUGGAAGGAACGUUUACAACAUGAUGUCUCUUGUUCGUGGGCCGAUGCCGUGUUACUGGCCUGUUACGUUGUGACUGGGCUUCUCGACAGCUCCUCUAUCCAGGUCUGGGGAACAUUCGUGUCUAUGCAGACAGGAAACACUGUAUAUGUCGGUCUCGGGCUGGCAAGCCUUGCGACAUCAACUCCUGGCCCUCGUCUAUACAAAUCCGCCCUUUCUAUUGCAUCUUUCUGUCUCGGCUCGUUCCUAUUCGCCCGCUUCCAUCGGCUUGUCUCUCCCAGACGUCGCUGGGUUCUCUGUGCAUCUUUCACAAUCCAGGCCCUUCUCACAAGCGCAGCUGCGUUGAUCGUUACCCUGCGACCGCCCGGUCCGAACACAGAUAGCCUGGCAUGGAACGUAUUGAUGCCGAUCGCUCUCAUGGCCUUCCAGAGCUGUGGACAAGCUGUAGCCAGUCGAGCUCUGAAGCAGAACGCUCUUAUCAGCCUGGUCCUGACAAGUGUGUAUUGCGACUUAUUCUCCGACAAAGAGCUGUUCGCAUUGGACAACGUGUCGAGGAAUCAGCGAGCAGCUGCGCCAACGCUACUACUUGUCGGUGUGAUAGCCGGCGGGUUGUUUGCGCAAAGCUCUGUCGGCAUUGCGGGAGCCUUAUGGAUCGCCGCAGGGUUAAAACUGUGCAUGGUAAUCGCAUGGUUCCUGUGGCGCUCAGAGGAAGAAACGGAGGAGAAUUAG